CUUUCUCCUCACAAGCCGGCAAAAGGGGAGGGGGCCCGGAGCCCUAUCUCUGGCGUGGCCCAGUCCCGUCUUUUUCACCUCAGAAGGCACCCGGCUCCCUCCGUGAAUGGGAGCGGCCUCGGCGGCAGGGCGAGAAGGAAAACAACACCCCGCUUCGGAUGGAAUGAAUCCUUGUUGAAUGCAUCUGUUCUUCUUUUUGGAGUUUACCUGUGGAAAAAAAGCUGCUCUUUGGUUGGAGCCACUUUGUGGCAAACCCGACUGUGGACCUCAAAUUCUCAGAGCUGCUUGACGAGAAGACCAUCAAGCGACGUUAACCUGACACUACAGCCACCAUGGUGCUGUCGCAGAGGCAACGGGAUGAGCUAAAUCGAGCGAUAGCAGAUUAUCUUCGUUCUAAUGGCUACGAAGAGGCAUACUCUGUUUUUAAAAAGGAAGCAGAGCUUGAUGUGAAUGAAGAAUUAGAUAAAAAGUAUGCAGGACUCUUGGAAAAGAAAUGGACAUCGGUUAUAAGAUUACAGAAGAAGGUUAUGGAAUUAGAAUCCAAACUCAACGAAGCCAAGGAAGAAUUUACAUCAGGCGGGCCUCUUGGUCAGAAGCGAGACCCGAAAGAGUGGAUCCCUCGUCCUCCCGAAAAGUAUGCCUUGAGCGGACAUCGGAGUCCUGUCACAAGAGUAAUUUUCCAUCCAGUUUUCAGUGUUAUGGUCUCUGCUUCAGAGGAUGCCACAAUAAAGGUAUGGGAUUAUGAGACGGGGGAUUUUGAGCGAACCUUGAAGGGCCACACAGACUCUGUGCAGGAUAUUUCCUUCGACCACAGUGGCAAGCUGUUGGCCUCCUGCUCUGCGGAUAUGACCAUUAAACUAUGGGAUUUCCAAGGCUUCGAGUGUAUAAGAACCAUGCAUGGUCACGACCAUAAUGUCUCUUCUGUAGCCAUCAUGCCCAACGGGGAUCAUAUAGCUUCCGCCUCAAGGGAUAAAACCAUCAAAAUGUGGGAAGUUCAAACAGGCUACUGUGUGAAGACUUUCACGGGGCAUAGAGAAUGGGUCCGCAUGGUCCGGCCCAACCAGGACGGCACGCUGAUUGCCAGCUGUUCCAACGACCAGACGGUGCGUGUCUGGGUGGUAGCAACAAAGGAAUGCAAAGCCGAGCUCCGGGAACAUGAGCAUGUGGUCGAGUGCAUCUCCUGGGCGCCGGAGAGCUCCUAUGCCACCAUAUCAGAAGCUACGGGAUCGGAGACUAAGAAGAGUGGUAAGCCUGGGCCUUUCCUGCUUUCUGGAUCUAGAGACAAGACCAUCAAGAUGUGGGACAUUAGUACUGGCAUGUGCCUUAUGACUUUGGUGGGUCAUGAUAACUGGGUACGUGGCGUCCUCUUCCAUUCUGGAGGGAAAUUUAUUUUGAGCUGCGCCGAUGACAAGACCUUGCGUGUCUGGGACUACAAGAACAAGAGAUGCAUGAAGACUCUCAAUGCGCACGAACACUUUGUUACCUCGUUGGAUUUCCACAAGACAGCCCCCUAUGUGGUCACUGGCAGCGUAGAUCAAACAGUAAAAGUGUGGGAGUGCCGUUGAUCGAGUCCACAUCCGAUGACCCACCUCCCCUUUUCCCUCCCUCUCUGGAUGCACUCGGAUACCAUGAUUACCCAUUGAGCUCUGUUUAAAAUAAAUAUUGUCCUUUCAUGUAAAUUAUUCUGGAUGUAGAUUGAGCUUAUUAAAUGUUACACACAAAGUAUUCAUGCAUGGUGAAUCCAAAUUGUAUACUGUAAAUUUACAUACGUUGUCUAGAAGUACCAUAGGUUUAAUAAGAACAUGGGCUGGCAUUGGUCACAUCAGACCGGACAAGGCAGAAACGCUGGUUGGUCGUCUUUGGGGGCACGUAAACUGGAGGCUGCAAAGCUGUCCUGUGCUGGAUCGAUUGGGCGCCUGUUUCUCCUCUUGUGCGCGGUGUUUUUUGGGGGGCAGGCGGGGGCUCCUUCCAAAACCCGUAUCUCUGUCACAUCACUGAAGUGUGCUUACGAAACCUAAGGAUGCUAGAUCGUCAAGGCUGCAACUUAGAAUCGUACACAAUUAACGGAGAGUAAUUAGAAAUGUCGGGGGUUUUCUUUUCCGCCUCUUAGUGGGAUGUUUGCCAAAUCAAUCGGAUCUCUUUUUUAUUAUCAUUUUGGCUUCCUAUCAGAUUGAAGUAACAGAAGGAAACAAAAGUUCCUAUUUGUACCCUAGGAAGAGAAACCUUGAUAUGAUGUGAUGUGUAAUUAUUAUUAUUAUUUAAAAUUUGGUCUCUGGUGUUCUGUUGGGUUCGAAUGCUUCCCAUGAGGAGGCGGUGAGUUCGUUCUCACUGGGGCAAAGUUAGAUUUCAUCUCUCCCAGUUGACUCUUGACGGUUUGGCACUUUCCCUGUUGGCUUCGGUUGCGAUUUGUUGAGUUGGCGCAUCAGUUUGUUGAGUUGGCGCAUUGGAAGAUGGCUUGGUUUUGUCAGUCUGAGCGUGUCUUAACAAUGGGAUAAUAUUUGGACGAGCCAGUUCUUCCCAGUGAGCGAAACCAGACAUGGUGUGGGUGUCUCUGAAUAUUGGGUUUUGAACGGAGCUUGGGACAUUCAAGAAUGUCCAGGGAGGGAAGAGGAAGGAUUGUUUUUGCGCCCAGGGAGUUUGCGGCCUUCUUGGCAAGGUGGCUUGCCUCUUUUGACCAUGAGUUCAAACCCAUCCUCUUGCGAUUGUGACCAUUUCAGUGUGGCAGCGUCACCCCUAAGUUGGAAAGAGUCCUAAAGCACAGGCUGUUUUUUUUUGUGACCGUUUCAGUGUGGCAACGUUACCGCUAAAUUGGAAAGAGUCCUGAUUUUUUGCAUUAUACCAACCUCAUUCUGUUGUAGGUCUAGUAUCCCAGUUCUUUGUUGACCAGGGGUAACCACUUUCAAAUAUAAUAAAGCUAAUGGUCUUACAUAUUUUAACAAAACACACUUUAUAUUCUCCAUAAAUUUUUAAUUUACAUAGGGGGGAAACUCGCCUAUUUGGAGAGUUUCGAGAAAAGAAAGCAGACUUUAGUUUGCCCGCAUAAAAGAACGUUUUUCUCUCGGGUUUCUUGUGCAAACCAAAAGGGAGUAAAUUUGGAGAUAGGGACUCAGUCAGAUUUGUUUGGCUUAAAUGUUCCUCAGUUUUAAAAAAUAAACCAUGAGUGAACCCACACAUUUGAGAUCUGGCCCCAUCCUAGUUUUGGAGCUGUUUUCUGCGAAAGAAAAUGCUUUUACCUUUUGAGAAUUUCCAAAUUUUGUAAAGGUAUUUGCAAAGAUAGAGCAGGUCGGUUAUUCCGUCGCACAGGUACCUUACUGACAUGGGAGUUUGACCACUGUUUCCCCCCAAACUUUUCCAGUCUCUGAUCCAUUUGCAAUAAGGGAAGCCACCCUCCUUGGUGUGAAUAACCUGAAACUUGUGUAAGACCCGAAUUAUAAUUUGACAGGGAAUGUGGGUGGAUUGCGUCAGUGGAUAGAGCCCUGUUUGGAGAGGAUCGAAAUUGCGGACCUGGUGGCGUCGCGGUUUUGUUUUGCUGUCUGACUUUUCCUGUGCCUUUUUCUUUUUUCUGUGAAGCGUGUUGAGGUUGACUAUUUUGGAACGUAGGAGAAUUUUGUGUCGGGCUUUUGGCGGCAAGGUCAUCGCAUUGCCAAACAGACCGGCCCUAGGCCCAUUGUGUAGGAGGGUUUUGAGUCAGCUGGCACUUAGGAGCUUUUGGCAGCAGGGUCAUCACAUUGCCAAACAGACCAGCCCUAGGUCCGUUGUGUAGGAGGGUUUUGAGUCGGCUGGCAGGGUCAUUGCAUUGCCAAACAAACCGGCCCUAGGUCCGUUGAUGUCGCAGAUACUCUUCCUUUCGUUAUCUCACAUUCCAGAAUUGCAUGAAUGGAGGUGUUCCUGGGAAACGUUUUAGACUCAUCCUUUCUCUCUCUCUCCCUAUCCGUUUUUUUCUUUGUGUGCAAUUCCGACACAAUCCGAAAGCCGAACGUCUUGCACUUUACCGUGAUUUAUUUUUUCUUUUUGUCGAAAAGCCGUCCUGCUUUUGUGUGUGGUGUGACCAAUGAUGUGCCCAGAGCACUAAUAAUAAUAAUAACUUUUCUAAAAAAACGUAAGGAACAAAAAAACAACACAGAAUACUAGUUGCUAGCAAAGUUGUCGAGAGCUGUGGAGCACUGUGGUGUUUGGAAAGCUUUGGCGACCGCUUCACGGUGCCCCCGCCCCCCUCCUCAUCCGCUUCCGGGUUGUUACCCAGAGGCCGCCACGUCUCCUCUUUCCCUCUUGAACGUUUUUAAUGCAAGUCAAAACUGUCUUGACGUAGCUUUCUCUCCUUUCCCCGCCACGCCUCACUCCCCUGCUCCAUUAUCCUGCCCAUGGACGCUAAAUUUAGGUAAGGAACAAAUUCAAGUUUGGGGUUUUUGCACACAGUAACUGGCUUGAUAAUCCAUUGAGUACGGCCUUUACAGCAUUUGAAUGAAGGAAGAGGAAUGAUUCUCUUAAUUCCAUACAGAGUCCAAUGUUGUUGUUCCCCUCACCCUGUCCUUAAUGCAAAGCCUCUCUCUUAGUGGCAGAUGAUAAAAUAGGCGAGAAAAAAAUAAGGGGAGGUUGAGCUGGAUUGGCAAGUCACAGCUGGAUGUUUACUGGCUUUUUCUUAUCCUCUUCCCACUGUAAGUAAUCCGCUUUCUCCUAAACAUACCCAUCCAGCUCCCCAAAGCUUGUUCCGACAAGAAUUAGCAAAAUCUUCCACCUUUUGAGACGUUUGAUCCCGACACUGACAUGAAGACGAGCGUCUUCAUUAUUAUUAUUUUCCGUGAGAACGACGUAGCGAUUGCCAUUGGAGAAAGUUUCUUUCCUCACCCCCCACCCCACCCCACCCCAGACUUGUAGGAGUUAACUGAAGAUAUUGACACACUUAAAAAGAAAAAUCAGUAAAGGAAUGUAUAUAAUACUGCUCUGUGUUUUACAGUAAGAUUUGUCGCUCUCGGACUGUGUAAAACAAAAUUUAUCCAUGUUUUCUGCAUAUUAAAAACAAAAAAUCUUAUUGUACCAAUUGGUAAACUAUUAAAAUGCAUAUAAAACUAAA